AUGGCAGGUCUUGACAAGAAAAAGUCCAAGGCCGGAAAGGCCAAAGGCGAAACCGGCCCGUUGAUCACCGACCCUCGUUUUGCCAGCAUCCAAUCCGAUCCUCGCUACCGUCUUCCAAGCAAGCGCCAGACACACGUCAAGCUUGACAAACGUUUUGCACACGUGCUCGAUGACAAGGACUUCUCCCGCAACGCUGCUGUCGAUCGCUACGGACGCAAGCUGGCGAAGGAUGAUACUAAGAAGCAAUUGAAAAAGUUCUACCGUCUCGAGGACGACGACGAGGACGAGGAGAGUGGUUCUGACGACGAAGAAGAAGUCAAGAAGGAGCUGAAGCGCAUCGACUCUGCUUCUUACGACCCUGCACGUGAUGGCGGCUUCGAGUCCUCAUCAUCCGAGGAGAGCUCCAGCGAGGAGGAAGACGACGAGGAGGAAAUUGAGGGCGAUGUUGAAUUCCCAGAUCAGCAGCAGUCCAAUGUGCCGCUUGGUGAAGUGUCGAACCGGAUAGCAGUCGUAAACCUCGACUGGGACAACAUUCGAGCUGAAGAUUUGAUGGCUGUCUUCUCCAGUUUCCUUCCUCCUGGCGGGCGUGUGUCGAAUGUCACAGUGUACCCUAGUGAAUUUGGAAAGGAGCGCAUGGAGAGAGAGGAGGUCGAGGGCCCCCCGAAAGAGAUUUUUGCGCCAACCAAGAAGAAUGGUGGUAGACAUGAUGACUCCGAUGUUGACUCGGAUGAAGAAGAGGAGGAAAUCAAAAAGUCAAUGAUGAAGGGGGAUGAUGGUGAAGAAUUCAACUCUACACAAUUACGGCGGUACCAACUCGACAGACUGCGGUACUACUACGCCAUUCUCAAAUUCUCUUCUAGGGACGUCGCCAAACACGUCUAUGAUCUGGUUGAUGGCGCCGAGUACCUCUCUAGUGCCAAUUUCUUCGAUCUCCGCUUUGUGCCUGACGACACCGACUUCUCCGACGACAAGCCCCGUGACGAGUGCUCGCGAAUUCCCGAUAAAUACAAGCCUACCGAGUUUGUUACUGAUGCAUUGCAGCAUAGCAAGGUCAAGUUGACAUGGGAUGCGGAUGACAAGUCAAGGAAAGAAGCGCAGGCACGUGCAUUCCGAGGCUCGCGCAAGGAUAUUGACGAAAACGAUCUGAAAGCCUACCUCGGAUCUGAUAGUUCUGACAACGAAGAUUCAGAUGACGAGAAUGGCGGUGUGGAAGUUGUUGACAACACCGGCGGAGAAGCUUCCACUACGAAGCUUUCCAAAAAAGAGGCUGAAAGACAGCGCAUGCGUGCGUUGCUGGGCCUGAGCGCUGAGCCUACCCGCACCAAGGUCGACGGCCCUGUUGGUGAAAUGGAAGUCACUUUCACAUCUGGUCUGGCUGGUGGCCACGGCAAGGACACCAUUUUCGAGAAUGAACCAGUGAUCGAAGAAAGCACACUCGACAAAUACGUGCGCAAGGAGCGUGAGCGCAAGAAGCGACGAAAGGAGAAGCUCAAGGCUACCAAGCAAGGGGAUGAAGAAGGUGCCGAGGCUGCGGACAGUGAAGAUAACGAGCCUGCUCCCGCUGAAGUACAGGAGGAAGCGCAAGAAGAUGCAGGCUUCAACGAUCCAUUCUUCGACGACCCUACUGGCAAGGCCUCCUCCGCUGCCCGGCGCAAGGAGGAGAGACGCAAGAAGCGUGAGGAGCGUGCCGCUGAGGAAGCCGCCUCAGCUGCUCAGCGGGCCGAGCUUGAGCUUCUCAUGGUAGACGACGAAAAGGCUCACAUCAAGCACUUUGACAUGACCGAAAUUGAGAAGGCUGAGAAGCAAGCGAAGAAGAAGGGCAAGAAGGGCAAGAAGGGCAAGACCCAGGAGGUUGCUCCAGCAGAUGACUUCGAGGUCAAUGUCAGCGAUCCUCGUUUCUCUCGCUUGUUCGACAGUCACGACUUCGCUAUCGAUCCCACCAACCCCCGCUUCAAAUCUACUUCUGGUAUGAAGGCCAUGUUAGAUGAGGGUCGUAAGCGCAGACGCACUGGCGAUGAGGAGAUGGAGGCUGUGCCUGAGACCAAAGAACGCUCGAAGAAGCAGAAAAAGGCCUCCAAGGAGGCUGGUUCAGAGGAUCUGAAGCGCCUGGUUGACAAGGUCAAACGCCAGUCGAAGGCAUGA